GAGCGGCUGGGCCCCCGGCGGCGCGGUCCUCGGUCUGGCCGGGAGUCGCGCCAGUCGGAACGCCCAGGCGAGCGCCGCCAGCCUCCCUCUCAGCGUCCCUCCUUGCGGAGUGCAACCAGCGGGCAUGAGCGAUCCACCAGAGGCUCCGCCACCGGCUCCGGUAGGCCGCGGGUAAAGAAGAAAGGCCGUCCUCGCUCGACCCGGAGCGAGAAGGGGACCCGGCGCAAAGAGACGACCCAGGCCGACGAGGCGGCCAAGGGCAAGCAGGCAACCAGGGCCAAGCAGGCGUCCCGGAGCAAGGACAAGGAGGUGACCACGGCGGAGGAGGUGGCCGGGACCAAGGAGGUGGCCGGGACCAAGGAGGUGGCCGAGACUGAGGAAGUAGCCAGGAUCGAGGAGCUGCCCAAAGCUGAGGAGGUGGCCCGGGUCGAGGAGGUGGCCCGGAUCAGAGAAGUGGUCCGGACCAGAGAGGUACCCCGAACCAGAGAGGUGCCGCGGACGAGAGAGGUGCCCCGGGCCCGACAGCUCAUCUACACGGCGGAAGUGAUCCUGCCUGCCGAUGUGCCCCAGACCGCGCAGCUGACCCAGGCCCCGGAGGUGACCCAGGCCACGGUGGUGAUCCAGCCCGAGGAGGUAACCCAGCCCUGGGAGUUGACCACCGCCAAGUUGACCCGGAGCGAGUACAUGAUUCCAAUCGAGGUGGCGACCCAGACCGAGGACAUGGCAGCAAGCGGGCUCAACGUGACCGUCACCCACAGUGAGCGCCGGGUGGCCAGGGGGGUGGGCUCGAAGUGGGGUUCUGAACUUGGCAAGCGUGAAGCAUAG